AAAAGCUCUCUUCAUUUCUAGAAAUCAUAUCUAAAAUUGUCUACAUUUUUCUAUUUCUGUGCAAACCAUAUCCAGCGCUGUUAUCUUUCUGUUGAAGAUGUGGGGGAUGUUCAUUGGAGCUUUGCUUCUUGUAUUCAUAAUAUGUUGGAUUUACACCUGGAGGAAUCCCAAAUGCAAUGGGAAACUUCCACCAGGCUCAAUGGGACUGCCCCUCCUCGGCGAAACACUUCAGUUCUUCAAUCCCAGCACUACUUCUGAUAUUUCACCCUUUGUCAAACGAAGAAUGGAGAGGUACGGACCAAUUUUCCGGACUAGCUUGGUGGGGAGACCGGUGAUAGUAUCAACAGACCCAGAUCUCAACCAUUUCAUCUUCCUCCAGGAGGGACAAUUGUUCCAGAGCUGGUAUCCAGACACAUUCACAGAGAUCUUUGGUCGUCAGAAUGUGGGUUCUUUACAUGGCUUCAUGUACAAGUACCUGAAGAACAUGGUACUGAACCUGUUUGGUCCUGAAAGUCUCAAGAAGAUGAUGCCUGAAGUUGAACAGACAGCAUGCAGGAGGCUGAAACAGUGGUCCUGUCAGGACACUGUGGAAUUAAAAGAAGCUACAGCUAGUAUGAUUUUUGAUCUGACUGCUAAAAAGCUGAUAAGUUAUGACCAAGACAAUUCUUCAGAAAAUUUAAGGGAGAAUUUUGUUGCGUUCAUCCGGGGAUUGAUUUCCUUUCCAGUGGAUAUCCCUGGAACAGCAUAUCACAAAUGUUUACAGGGGAGGAAAAGGGCAAUGAGGAUGUUGAAGAACAUGCUAAUGGAGAGAAGGGAGAAGCCCCGGAUGCAGCGGAUCGACUUCUUUGAUUAUGUGCUAGAAGAACUUGAGAAAGAAGGAACAAUCCUGACAGAGGCAAUUGCUCUGGAUUUAAUGUUUGUGCUGCUAUUUGCCAGCUUUGAAACAACUUCCUUGGCACUAACUUUAGCCAUCAAAUUCCUCUCUGACCAUCCUUUAGUAUUGAAGCAACUAACGGAAGAGCAUGAAAGAAUUUUAGAGAAUCGGGAAAAUGCCGACACUGGACUUACAUGGAAAGAAUACAAAUCAAUGACAUAUACAUUUCAGUUCAUCCAUGAAACAGUUAGGCUGGCAAAUAUAGUCCCUGGAAUAUUCAGGAAAGCUCUGAGAGAUAUUCAAUUCAAGGAAUAUACUAUUCCGGCAGGUUGGGCAGUGAUGGUGUGUCCUCCAGCUGUACACUUGAAUCCUGCAAUAUAUCAAGAUCCCCUUUCCUUCAAUCCAGGGAGAUGGGGGGUGGGGCAGACUUUCCGAAACCCUGUUAUUGUGAUGGAGCUAAAUGGUGGAUCAAAGAAUUUUAUGGCAUUUGGUGGUGGCAUGAGAUUUUGUGUUGGAACAGACUUCACGAAGGUGCAGAUGGCUGUGUUUCUCCAUUGCUUGGUUACAAAGUACAGGUGGACACCAAUCAAAGGAGGAGAUAUACUCCGAAGUCCUGGCUUGCAGUUUCCAGAUGGUUUUCUCAUUCAACUCAUGGAGAAAAACAAAACAGACGGCUGCAACAGAGGAGAAUAGUCACGGAUACAUUUCGAGACUCUAGAAAAUUUUACGAAUGGGAGAAAAUAUACAGAUGUGACUGUGACCCUCAAAACAGAUACUGAAUCACAGUUUUGCGAAGGGUCAUCUUCAAAGUUGUGUUCUUGUCAUAUAGCUGCAAAGAAAAAGAAAAAAGAAAAAAAAAAAUGAAAUCAUACUUUCUACCUACAGCUGUAAAUGUUUUCAGGAUCUUCUUCCUUCAUCCUCAUCCAUUUUCUUUC